UUGAUAGAAUGGAAAAACCCAAGAAGAGAAUAUCAGAUGGGUCAACUAUGAAGAUAACUAAUUACUUUGCUGUUCUGACUUCAAAGACAAAGGACACAUCUGCUGAAGGAACUAGACUUCCAAUUAAGUCUGUUGUGGCACAGAACCUAGAUGGAUCAGAAAAUGAACAAAUUAAUUUUGUGCAAUCAUCUUUGAAGCAGGAGAAAGAGGAACAUCAUGUCAGGUCUGCAGAUGUGGAACAGCAGUGUUCAGAUUAUGACUUUGAUGGAUCUGACUUAGAUGAAAUUGACCCUGAUCUUGAAGCCAAGAUUGUUAAGGCAGAGACCAGUAUAAGUGAGUGGAAGAAGAUCUUCAAAGAACCACAAGAGAAGGAAAAUGCGAGGCUUCUGCAAAGACCAAGCCCUGGAACUGCUGUUGGGUCCUCACAAACUUGUCCUGAUUACAAGAAAGUGAGGGGGACUACAUUUGCUGUGGAUGCUUUCAGUUAUGGAGCCAUUUCAAAGAUUGAGCUUUACUUCCUCUCUCACUAUCAUUAUGAUCACUAUAGAGGCCUGACAAGAAAUUGGAACUUGCCAAUUUAUUGUUCCUCCCCAACAGGGAACCUUGUGAAGAAAUUUAUAGGGGUUCCAGAGAAGUACUUGAAUCUUCUGCCCAUGAAUGAACCAAAAAUCAUUCUGGGAGUAGAGGUGACUCUCCUGGAAGCCUUUCAUUGUCCAGGAGCUGUGAUGUUCCUGUUCAAGACUCAAUCUGGUGAAGUGAUUCUUCAUACUGGUGAUUUUCGUGCCCAUCAUUCCAUGGAGUCUUCCAUUCAAAAGCAGGCAAUAUCUCUUCUGUACCUUGACACAACUUACUGUGAUGCUUACUACAAAUUUCCCCCUCAAGAAGAAGUUUUAUCACAAAUCUGUGAUUUGAGUGCCAAGUUCCUAAAACGAAAUCCCCGAGGACUCAUUGUCACCAACUCAUACACAAUUGGGAAGGAGAAGGCAUGGGUUGCAAUUGCCCAACAUCUGUCUCUCAAGGUGUAUGUGUCAGAUAAGAAAAGACGAAUUCUCCAAACCCUUGGUCUUCAGGAAUAUCUCAGAGAUCUCACAACUCAGCCUUCUAAGGCCAAGAUCCAUGCCCUUGACAAAUUUGAUUUUGAUGCUCAGUACCUGAACAGCUACUUGAAGAAAUGGGGUAGCUCAUACAGUUGCAUUCUUGCUUUCAUCUUGAGGGGCUGGGAAUAUGAUGCUUCCCAUGGGAAAAGUGAUGCACACCAUCAAAGCUCUGGAAAUAUAAUCAUUCACCGUCUCCCAUACAGUGAGCAUUCCAGUUUUGAGGAGUUAAAGUGGUUUGUGAAACUGGUGAAGCCAAAGCAGGUGGUUUCCACAGUUGGGAAGUGGUCAGAGCGGAGAAGUGCUGAGCAGUUAGCCCUCACCUGGACUCAUGAACCUAAAAAAGAUGAACAGCGAGGAGUCAAACGCAAACGUCCUGGUGCUCAUGGAUUUCCAAUUUGCUGUCAAAAGGUUAAGGAAUCCAAAUUCCCUUCUCUUCAUGAAAAUGAAGUCUCAAGGCUUGAGGCAUUCCACUCCCCUGCACCUGUUUCUUCAGAGGUUCAAACUCAUGAUAAGCACAAGGUUGGCUAUCAGAAGGAUGCCAAGAAACCUGAGGUGACCUUGGUUGGGGCUCUGAACCCAGAAGAGGUAGAAUGGCAUCCCUAUCCAAGGCAGAAGGGAUUCAAGGGCUUGCCAAUGGCAUACCUCCAGCUAUCCAAGGCCAGACUGUCUGGUCUGGUGGUGCUGACUGCCUUGAGUGGAUACAUGAUGGCACCAGAUUCCUUUCUGUUAGAUACUUUUUUUUGGAGUAGUGUAGGAACUGCUCUGCUGAGUGCAGGAGCCAAUGCAACCAAUCAGGUUUUGGAAGUCCCCUUUGAUGCUCAAAUGGCUCGCACACAAUCACGCCUUCUAGUCACUGGAUCUCUUACGCCACUACAUGCAGCAGCCUUUGGGCUCAUAACAAUGGUGUCUGGUUCGGCAAUUCUACUGGGGACGACCAACAUAACCUGUGCCUCACUUGGGAUUCUCAAUUUUUUCCUUUACACCUCAGUGUACACUCCUUCCAAGCGACUCACAAUUUUGAAUACGUGGCUAGGAUCCAUUGUGGGUGCCAUUCCACCAUUGAUGGGUUGGGCAGCAUGCACUGGAGGGAGUUUACACCCUGGAGCUUUUGUCAUGGCAGGCAUCCUCUAUGCUUGGCAGUUCCCCCAUUUCAAUGCUCUUUCAUGGAACCUUAGGGCCGAAUAUUCCAAGGGAGGUUAUCGUAUGAUGGCUGUUGUGAAUCCUGAUUUGUGCAGAGCCACUGCCUUGCGGUAUAGUGUGGCACUUCUGGGUCUCUCUUGCUUGGCACCCAUUACAGGACUUACUACUUGGACAUUUACCAUUGACUCAGCUCCUCUCAAUGCCUACCUGAUAUUUCUUGCCUGGAAGUUCUACAAGGAAGCAGACAGCAAAAGUUCCAGACGAUUGUUUCGCUUCUCACUCAUCUAUUUGCCAGCCCUGAUGAUGCUCUUGAUGAUCAGCAAGCCACAUCAGAUGGCAGAUGAUGCUGGGUCUUAUGAACCAAGAAUGGAGGAGGAAAAGGGGACAGAGUAUCGACUGGAUAUUGAUACUGAACUACGAUUUGAAGUGGAGGGAAAGGAGAAAGUCACACUGGAGUUGAAGAGUGGCAUGGCAGAAAUAUUUGGGACAGAACUGGUUAGGGAGAAGCGUUACUUGUUCAAAUCAGGCGCCAAGGUAGCUGUGUUCACAUGGCAUGGAUGUACCCUGGUGCUUCGAGGACGUCCUGAAGUUGCUUAUGUAGCCAAAGAAACUCCAAUGGUGAUGUAUUUGAACACACAUGCAGCCCUAGAACAAGUGCGCAAGAAAGCAGAGGCAGAGAACACUCGAGGACCAAUAGCAAUGAUUGUUGGUGCCACAGAUGUCGGCAAGAGUUCCUACUGCAGGCUUCUGCUCAAUUAUGCUGUUCGUGUUGGCAGAAAACCUGUCUUUGUGGAACUUGAUGUUGGACAGGGGCAAAUCUCCAUCCCAGGCACCAUUGGGGCCAUGUUAGUUGAAAGACCUGCCUCAGUAGAAGAUGGAUUCAAUCAAAAAGCCCCUCUUGUAUACCACUAUGGGAGCUCACAUGCAGGUAUGAAUUGCACUCUCUACAACAUGAUCGUGUCCCGACUGGCUGAGGUCGUCCAAGAAAGACUGGAUGCAAACAGGAAAGCAAAAGCAUCUGGUGUGAUCAUCAACACUUGUGGGUGGGUGAAAGGGGAUGGUUACAAGAUCUUGACUCACAUUGCUUUGGCCUUCGAAGUGGAUGCCAUCAUUGUGUUGGACUCUGAGCGUCUCUACAACGAAUUGGUUCGGGACAUGCCAUCCUUUGUCAAGGUUGUUUUCCAACCCAAGAGUGGAGGAGUGGUGGAACGAAGCAAGGCUCUCCGUCAGGAAUCCCGUGAUCUCAGAGUUCGAGAGUACUUCUAUGGUGCUCGAAACCAGUUGUAUCCCCAUUCAUUUGAGGUCAAGUUCUCAGAGAUUCGAGUGAUGAAGAUUGGAGCUCCCACCCUCCCAGAUUCGUGCAUGCCACUUGGCAUGAGACAGGAGGAUAACUUGACCAAGCUUGUCCCUGUAGUUCUUGGUCCCAGUUUAUUACAUCAUCUUCUUGCUGUCAGUUUUGCGGCUAGCACUGAGGAAGAUGUGGUCUGUACCAAUGUGGCUGGCUUUGUCUGUGUGACGAAUGUGGACACCGAGAGGCAGACAUUGACCCUUCUAUCACCACAACCCCGACCUUUACCUCAAACCAUCGUUCUCCUCAGUGAAAUUCAAUUCAUGGACAAUCAUUGACAAGCCUCCUCCUCGUCCUCAAGCUGCUAAACUUUCGGACGUAUGGUCGGGGGUGCCGAUCGAGAGCUCAGGACCCAAGCGGUUGCCGUGCUGAUGCUCCAUUCCAGGAUCUGUACCAUGGUCAACACUGCAAAAGAUCCUUUUUAUUGUUUAACUCAUGUUAUGGAUUCAUGUUGUGGGUAAAAAAAAUUGAAAGCUG